AUGUACUCGACACAACACGCCGUCAUGGCCGGCCAACCCCAGGGUCGUUCGGUAGCACCGGAGACGUUCCUGCUCGACCAGGAUGCCCAGCAGAGCUUACCUCCGGACUCGGUCGUCGCUCUGCAGCAAGUCGACAACCUCAAGUACUUUCUGAUCUCUGCACCUGUCGACUGGUCUCCGGAUCAGUACAUCAGACGCUUCUUGCUACCCACCGGCGAAUACGUGUCUUGCGUACUGUGGAGCAACCUUUUCCACAUCUCGGGCACCGACAUUGUACGAUGCCUGUCCUUCCGCUUCCAAGCCUUCGGCCGUCCGGUCAAGAACUCGAAAAAGUUUGAGGAGGGCAUCUUCUCCGAUCUGCGAAACCUCAAGUCUGGUACUGACGCUUCGCUGGAAGAGCCGAAGAGUCCUUUCCUCGACUUUUUGUACAAGAACAACUGCAUUCGAACACAGAAGAAGCAAAAGGUCUUUUACUGGUACAGCGUGCCCCAUGAUCGUCUUUUCCUCGAUGCGCUGGAACGCGAUCUGAAGCGCGAAAAGAUGGGCCAAGAGGCUACAACGGUGGCUGUCAGCGAACCCGCCCUCUCGUUUGAGUUUGACUCGAGCCAGUCGCUUUUCGAGCAGCUCACCAAGGCCCAACAGACCAAUAGCUCGACCUUCGCGAACAGUGCUCUGCCAGCAACGUCGGGACCCAUGGCAACAACCUCGGGCACACCGCAGCCCAUGGGCCCGCCAGCCACGACAGCCGAGUCGAUGGGACCACCAGUGGGGGCUAUGAUGCAGCCAACAAGUAUGCCCCUGUCGAUGCCUUCGGAGGAAAUGUUGACGCAGAUGCCAACCUACCAGCAGAUGGCCAUGCAAGCCCCCUUGCCAGCCCAGGUGCACAAGACACGUGAACAGAGCUGCGGUCCCAUUAUGCAUUACGAACGCGCCAUGAACGCCGCCGCCCGCCAUAGCAGCAUGCCCGCCUAUAUGGAGUACUCGCCCGCCCCCUCGUUCGUCUCGAGCCACUUCGAAGACUACAGCCAGCGCGGUCUCAGCUACGAGCCCAUCACGCCGCCCCAGCACCAGAUGCAGCAGCAGCCUCACCACGAGCCUGCCUACAUUGCCAACGAGGAGACGGGUCUCUACGCCGCCAUGCCCGACCCUGGAAUGUCGCAGUACUACAACCCUCUGAUGCCCGUCGCUCAGCCCAUGGCCGCCCCUCAGUACCCCUCGAUGAUGCGCCCUCUCCACCAUUUCCCCUCAGCCCUCGAAGGAUCGCCCACCUACAAGCAGCGCAGACGCCGCUCGUCUUUGACCCAGCAACCUCCCAGCUCGACUCCCCAGAGCGUUACUUCGCACGCCGUCCACCGUCCCAGCGACUUGCGUCACUCAUCUGUGCCUGUCCAUGACGUCGACCCCGUCUACCACGACUCCCCUAGAGGAGCCACUCCUGUCCGCCAACAGCAGAAGGACUACUCGCGCCAUGCCACUCCCGUUGAGGACUCCAUGUCCAUGGGUCAGGACGAGUACGCACAGGCAUACUCGGGAGACCAGUACCGCCCUGUCAACUAUGCCCAGGCUGCCGUCAUGCGCACGCCCAACGGUGUUUUCCGCCGUGCUCGCAGCGCCACUGUCCAGGAUAUGAACAACCCUUACCCCUCAAAAUCCCACUCGUGUCCCAUUCCUAUGUGCGGCAGGGUUUUCAAGAGGUUAGAGCAUUUGAAGCGACAUGUCCGUACCCACACCUCGGAACGUCCUUACGUCUGCCCCUUGUGCAACAAGGCCUUCUCCCGCUCCGACAAUCUCGCCCAACACCGUCGCACUCACGACGCAAAUCCCGAUGGCACCAGCUUCCCCGAAGAAGACCUCGAAGAGCCUGAGGAAGGCAUCGACCUCUCUGAAGGCGAUGUCAACGACUCUUACAUUCCCAUGCCUGGCAUGUCAAACGAAAUGCACGGCGAUAUGGGUCCUCCCCCACCUCAUAUGCAUAUGAGCCAGAUCUCGCGCGAUCACAUGGACCAGCAUCACAUGGAGCCCCACCAUAUGCAGCCUCACCAUAUGCAACAUUCCAUGCCUCACGGCAUUGUUUCCACCGGCGCAGAAUACCAAUGA